GCUCGGCGCGGCCGGGAUUUGAAAGUUUAUUACCUGUCCGCGCGUCUCCGGAAGUCUUUGCUCCCGCGGACGGGACGCCGGGAGGUCUCCAGAAGACGGUCAUGGACUCAGUGGUCUUUGAGGAAGUGGCUGUGAACUUCACCCGGGAAGAAUGGGCUUUGCUGAAUGCUGCUCAGAGGAAGCUCUACAAGGAUGUGAUGCUGGAAACCUUCCAGAACUUGGCCUCAGUAGAUAGUUGUACUCAAGUUAAAACCAGUGGAUCAAGUCCUCAGCAGGGUAUUUUUGGGAAUGAAAUAUUCAAUGGAGAGAAAAUAAUAAGUUUCAUAAGAAGUGAUUCCUGGUCAAAUUUGGAAGAAAAGGGGAAUGUUCAUAACAUUGAAGAUUACCCCCAAAUCCAGAAGAAGCGUUCGAGGGAACGUGUGAACAGUCACAGAGGACAGAAAAUCCCUGCAUGUGAAAUAUGUGGGAAAAUCUUUAUGCAUUUGUCUUCCCUUAAACUACAUUUAAGACGGCACAGUGGAGAGAAACCCUAUGAAUGUAAGGAAUGUGGGAAAGCCUUCAGUUGUCCUACAUACUUUCGAGAACAUGUGAGAAUGCACACUGGAGAGAAACCCUAUGAAUGUAAGUACUGUUGGAGAGCCUUCAAUUUUUACUCAUCCCUUCAAGAACAUGAGAGAACGCACACUGGAGAGAAACCUUAUAAAUGUAAGCAGUGUGGAAAAGCCUUCACUAGUUAUUCUGCCCUUCAUGGACAUGAGAAAACGCACAGUGAACAGAAACCUUAUGAAUGUAAGCAAUGUGGCAAAAGUUUCCGUUGUCCCAAAUAUUUUCGACAACAUGUGAACAUGCACAGUGAAGAGAAAAUUUAUGAAUGUAAGGAAUGUGGGAAAGUCUACAGUAUGCCUGCAAACCUUCGACAACAUAUGAAAACGCACAGUGAUGAAAGACCGUAUGAAUGUAAACAAUGUGGGAAAACCUUCAGAUGGCCUACCUCCUUAAGAAACCAUAUGAAAAUGCACUCGAGCGAGAAACCCUAUGAAUGUAAGCCAUGUGGAAAAGCCUACAGGUGUCUCAUAUCUCUUCAAGAACAUCUGAGAAGACACACUGAAGAGAAACCCUAUGAAUGUUACCAGUGCGGGAAAGUCUAUAAAUAUUUCAAAUACUUUGACAUGCAUAUGAAAAUGCACAGUGGAGAGACACAGUAUGUAUGUAAGGAAUGAGGGAAGCCUUAAGAAUACAAGGCAUGUUAGGAAACCUGUAAAAUGGGACUAGUAGUAGUGUUAGUACCUGUGUAACUUAAUGGGGAAUAAUGAGAAUCACCAUCAGCAAGAAGCUGAUUCCCAU